CUGAGGAUUUGGCUAAAGGCUUCAUUGAAAUCAAGCUCGAGAGGGACGAAGAAAUUGCAGAGAUCUUCACUGAAAAGACAUUCAUCAUGGCAGAGUCUUCAGCAUACUUCGAAGCUUACCGACAUGUCCUGAGCCGCAUACAACAUGUCACUGAGCAGUCAAUGCCCCUAACUGAUUACAUCAUAUCAGCAUCAACAAAAGCUAGUCCACCUGCCUACAUCCGGAACGAUCCCUCCAUUGAAUAUGACCUAUCAUCCAUCGUCUCUGAUAAAGUUCCAAACGCAAAGCACACAGCAAUGCGUAUGAAGACCGUGAGGAUUCUCGAUGGUCGUGAAUGGACAAGACUAGGGAACACUGGUCUUGACGAGGCCCAGCUUCGAGCCGUGCAAGCAGCACUUACUCAAGAGAUGACGGUCAUACAAGGCCCACCUGGUACUGGAAAAACUUACAUCGGGUCGAAGAUAGUUCACACUCUUCUCGAUAACCAGCGUAUUUGGAAAGAAGCUCAAGUUCUAGGACUGGACGGACACGCAGGCCGUGCGAACAAACCAAUCCUACUCGUCUGCUAUACAAACCAUGCUUUAGAUCAGUUUCUGGAAGGAGUUGCAGAUUAUAACAGUGAAGGUAUCGUGAGAGUUGGUGGUCGAAGUUCUAGCGAGGCUCUGAAGCGGUUCAACCUCAAUUCACUCAGGAGCUCAAAGCUUCAGGAGACACCUCGACACGUGAGACGUAGAAUCGGAGAGGUUCGUGGCGAAAUCGAAAGUCUCGGGAGAGAAGUCAAAGGCCUUCAGGACAAGAUUAACCAUACAAGGAAGGGACUAUUUCAUGAAAGAGUACUCAUGAAGCACAUGACUGACGCACAAGAAAGAAGCCUCAACCAAGGAAAUGUCUUUGCAGUAGAUGGCCAGUCCCUUCUCGUCCAUUGGCUCCUUGGUGAUAUUCAGAUGAGACUUCCACCUGAGGAGCUUGAUGUUCCUGAAGAUAACGGACCACCAAAUGAAGACGAAAAUGCCGAAGGAGAAGAAGAGCUUGAUAUCUUAGAGGAGGCACAUCUCCUUGACGAGAUGAGGCGCCUGGACGUUGACGACCAACGAAAUAGAAUAUUCACAGGCGAUGCGAAUGCCAACUUCGAUGAUGACACUUUGGCUUUCCGACUUAACGACCUGGACGACUUGGAAGCGGGAGGGUGGCAACAAGACCGACAGCAACUCAGAAAUAGGAAGCACAACUUGGAGAGAAAGCUCAGGAGUAAUGAAAGAAUGUCCGACCAAGAGGCAAACACCGUUAGGAACGUUUGGGAUCUUGAAGAAGGAAACCGAUGGAGGUUAUACCGCUAUUGGGCUCAUUUACAUCGCCAUGAAUCUCUUCGUCAGCUCGUGGAUAUGCAACGGCAAUUCACAAAUGUUUGUCAGGAGCUUCGCGAGGCACGCAGUCAAGAAGAUUUUGAAAUCGUCAAAAAUGCCUCGGUCGUUGGCAUGACAACAACUGGAGCUGCAAAGUUCCAUAUGCUACUUCAGAGAAUCCAACCGAGGAUUAUGGUGGUCGAGGAAGCGGCAGAGGUGUUAGAAGCCCAUAUUGUGACUGCAUUGACUGAGUCAUGUCAACAUCUCAUAUUGAUUGGAGAUCACCAACAACUUCGGCCAAGUCCUACGGUCUUCAAAUUAGCUACGCAGUAUAACCUGGACAUAUCUCUGUUUGAACGUAUGAUCAACAAUGAUGUACCUUAUCAACGACUGGUUCUACAACAUAGAAUGAGGCCUGAAAUUUCUCGACUCAUGAGGAUGGAAAGAUUGUACCCAUAUCUCCAAGAUGACGUCUCUGUGAAGAAGUUCGACGAUAUCCACGGGGUUACAAAGAACAUCUUCUUCCUUCAUCAUGAAAUAGAAGAAGAUUCUGUGGAUGAAAUGAAGAGUCACUCCAACAUUCACGAGGCAAAGUUCUUGGUAGGACUUUGCAGGUACUUCUUGCAGCAGGGUUACCUUCCAGAGAAGAUCACGAUCUUGACUACCUAUUCCGGUCAACUCUCUGCCUUUAAUAGGUUGAUGAAAAAGAGUGACUUUGAAGGUGUCAGAGUUGCUACAGUUGACAACUUCCAGGGAGAGGAAAACGACAUAAUUCUACUCUCUCUCGUUCGCAGCAACAAGCAGGGAAGUGUUGGCUUCUUGAAGAUCGACAACAGAAUCUGCGUAGCGCUCUCGAGAGCAAGACAGGGUCUGUACUGCAUCGGAAAUUUCAAACUCCUCGCACAACAAAACCCAACUGGGCCAAGCUUGUGGAGGGAAAUCGUGAAGGACGCUGAAAUCUAUGGCACCAUCGGAAAAUCCCUUAAGCUCCAGUGCAGAAAUCACACUGAGACACAAAAUGAGGUUUCAAGUGAAGCGGAUUUUUCAAAAGUCCCAGAAGGCGGUUGUUCCGUACCAUGUGAAGCACGUCUUACCUGUGGUCAUGUUUGCCGAAUGCCAUGCCACCCCACCGACAUGAAACAUGAAAACUACAAGUGCCGUCAAAAGUGUACUCAGACAAUUUGCACCUUAUGUCAUCCAUGCAUGAAACAGUGCUACCAGCCUUGUGACACGCAGUGCAAAAAACCUGUCGAUAAGGCACUGCCUUGUGGUCACGUACAGAAUGUGCCUUGCUACAACAGCAGCUCAGAAGUAAUCUGCGAAUCUCCAUGCCGCAGGAGACUGGAUUGCGGACAUCAAUGCAAGGAGCCGUGUGGAAAGAGCUGUACAAUGGUCUGCCAGGAAAUGAUUCGUCGUUCUGACUGGCCUUGUGGUCAUAAUGUCCUCGUCAAAUGCUCUGCUGGCCCCGAGUCCUGUUCAAAACCAUGUGAUACGAUUCUGAGUUGUGAACAUCCGUGCAAGGGUUCAUGCGGCGAGUGCCGCCAAGGCCGUCUUCAUGCAUUCUGCCGAGAAAGAUGUGAUCGUACACUCGUUUGCGGUCACCCAUGCCGGUCGACAUGUUCUGCGGAUUGUCCACCAUGUUCAAGGAAGUGCGAAAACAGAUGUCAACACAGCAAAUGCAAGAAAAAUUGUGGAGAACCUUGUGUCCCAUGCGCAGAGAGGUGCAUCUGGCGAUGUCAACAUUUUCGCUGUGGGGCACAAUGUGGAAAACCAUGCGACAGACGUGCGUGUAAUGACCCUUGUACACUCCUGCUGAAGUGUGGCCACCUUUGCAUCGGACUCUGUGGCGAACCAUGCCCCAAGAAGUGCAGAAUCUGUGAUAAGGAGGAAGUUACUAGCAUCUUCUUUGGCGACGAAGACGAGGAUGAUGCUAGGUUUGUAGAGUUAGAGGACUGUAAGCACGUGAUUGAAGCGAAUGCCCUGGACCAAUGGAUGAAGACGGACAGUGGAAGCAAGGACACGUCAGAGGCGACUUCCAUUAAGCUGAAAGAGUGUCCAUGGUGCAAAACACCGAUCAGACGCAAUCUGCGAUAUGGAAACAUCAUCAAACAAGCACUAGAUGAUAUAAAUGAUGUUAAAAGAAACAUCUUCGGGAACGAAAGCACAAUCCACAAUCUCCGUCAGAAUCUACAAGAAAAACUUCGUCGAGAAGUUGAGAUCAUGGAUGUGUUCGCCAUCGCAAGCGAUGAGAAACUCUUCCCUCGAAAGAUGGAUGCCCGGCGAUUCUACGACAUGGUCAGUUUGAAGUCUGCGUUGAGCCAUGGACAAAUCACCGCUUUGGAAAACAGAGUCCGCUUUCUGGAAGAAAUUAGAGACCUGGCUAAAGCAUUGCGAUUGCUGCGAUCUCCAUCCCUAAAUCAGCAGUACGUGGAGCAGAUGAAGAGUGAGAUGGGUGUCCUGCAGACUUGGAUAUGCCAGGAGCCCAUCAACAGGAUGUCCCAGCAGCAGGCCGAUGACGCCAACAGGGAAGCAAAGAGGCUCCACCUAGCCCUGACUCUCUUCCGGAUCCUGGACGAGAAACCAGGUGCCCGUGACAGAGCCAGCCAAGAGGUGAAGGCCGCCGAGCUUCAGCUCUUUGACGGGAAAGCUAUGACCGCCCAGCGAGCGGAUAAAGUCAAAAGUCUACUCAAGAUGAUCGUUUCCAAGUCUGGUGGUUUGGGAAUUACCGAGGAAGAGAGGAAGGAAAUAGUCGCCGCCAUAGGUCUGACCAAAGGUCAUUGGUAUAAAUGCCCCAAAGGGCAUGUCUACGCCAUUGGGGAAUGUGGUGGCGCCACACAGGCAAGCAGUUGCCCUGAGUGUGGUCUAGGAAUUGGGGGCACCGGUCACCGUCUGGAAGAGGGCAAUAGGGUUGCUUCAGAGAUGGACGGGGCGCGAUUUGCAGCAUGGUCGGAGGAAGCUAAUGACAUGGCGAAUUUCGACCUGAUCAAUUAGCAUUAUGAAUAAUACUCGAUAGCAUUUGGUGUGAAUAUGCUGUAUUGUAAUAUUGUAGGUCUCGUAGGCAGCUUUAUUUUGCCCUUUUCUCCGAUAUUCCUCUCAUUCAGUUUAAAUUUUCGGCAUUUUAUUACAAGUUGUCGACAGGUAUACUGUCGAACUUUAUAGACACUAUGUCCCUUUUG